AUGGCUGCCAUUUGGCUAAAGCGACGGAGGGAGCUUGCGUAUAUGAUGAAUGCUUCGGAACUCCAAAGGUCUGAAGAGGAAGCAGAGGCCAAGGCCGACCGAAUUCCCAAGGAAUCUUCAAAGGUUGCGGCCAUCCGCAGACAAGUCUAUGAGAAUUCUCAAACCAUCGACGAAUCUGACUUGGAGUUCUUACCUAAACCCACCCCUCCAGGAUCUGUAGCGUCACAGCAGGGCUCACGCCCAGCAAGUCAAGGUGCGUUGAACGUGUCCGAACCAUCGCCUCACCACACUGCCUCAGAAGGUGCGCCGACCACACCACUGCCCGACAUGCUGAGCCCUGCAAGCCCAGGAUCUGUGAGCAUGGGCAUUGCUAGGAGGCGCUCCUCAGUCAACCUUCGAGAGCCGCUGCCAGACACUGAAGGGGCUGUGAUCGAUUUUCUGGAGAGACGGCGCGUGGUCGCCACAAAGACGUUUGUUGUGAAGAUGUGGCAGAAGAACCGAGGAAUUCUGACAGGGGAUAUUGUGAUACCUGCCUAUGAUGAGCUGCAUCUCAUCACCCAGGUCCUAAGAGCACCACAGCCUGACGAGAGUCUCAUCGUCAGCGAGUGCCGCUUCUUGUUGGAGGUGGAGGAACUCGCUUCGGCCAUUGGUUGGAUCACUACGCGUGAAAACAAAGCCCUGACGGGUCCGGGGCAGUGGCCCAAGACCUCUUCGGCCCGUUUCAAGGAAUGGGUGACCUCCUUGAUGAAAAUGGAAAAGACUUGCCGAGAGAUGGAACGCCAGGCACGGGCCUCGACUGUUCGAUUCAAAUACCUAUACUCUGGGAUGCAUCCGACAACUCCACGGGAUUUCUCCUUCCAGCAUCGGGUGCGAGUCGUGGAUUUUUGGUACGAGUACCAUAAGGAUGCUUGGAACACAAAGCAUCCUGGGCUCAAGAGGAAAGGCUCAGCCGGCUCGAUGAAGGUUGCAAACCCUGGCAGUUUGCCUCCACAGCAUCAUAUCAAGAAGCAGCUUUCAACCAGAAGAAUGAUGAGCAGGUCGCAUACAUCUUUGCUUCGUGAUGCCGGUUCUGGUGCAGUGUGCUCGCUGCCGCCGGUGGACAACGCCACCCGGGAGCGCUACCUGAAGCUGUGCAAUGGGCUGACGGCGACUCCUUUGCCAAUUCCCUUCGUGAUUGGGGAAACCAAUGAUUUGGACCUGGCGCAUUUGGAUUUGAGCGACAUGGAGCUGUUGGCUGUGGCUGAGACGUUGCCUACAGUAGAUAUGGUGAAGAAGGUAGAUUUGCACGGCAAUUCUCUACUAAGUGACAAGGCUGUAGCUCAGCUUCUGCUGCGAGUGCUGCAGCCCAAGUUGUCCUCCACCCUGCUGGAGUUGAGCAUCGCUGGCUGCACUCGAGCUGGGCCACAGUCCAUGGAGCGCAUUGUUGAACUGGUGAGUGAUGCUUUCAAUUUGCGUAGACUCGAUUUGAGCCAAGUGAAGAUUGAACACUACAAACUGCUUCCGCUCUGCGAUGCCAUCAGCAAGGGCCAGACUUUAUCCUACGUGAGUCUCAGCGGCACCGGCUUUGGGAAAGGCCCAAGCGUCUUUGCAUGCGCGUGCGUGACAACACUUCUGCAGGGGCACGUGGCUGAACUGGAUCUCAGCUGGAACCAAUUCUCUGCAGAGAUUUUCAGCUGUUUGGGGGAAACCUUGGCCAAGCGGAAAAUGGUGAAGAAGUUGAAUAUUUGCAACUGCAGUGGCGGUUGCAUCGAUUCUUUGUCAACGCCUGUGAAUUUUUACUUGGAGCAGUUGCAGAUGGAUUCCGCCCUGACAUCACUGGAUUUGUCAAUGAGCCACAUGGACUACCGCUCUGCCCUGGUAUUGGAGGAUGCAUUGCAAAACCACAAGAGUUUAAAGCAUUUGCAGCUCUCCGACAAUCCCCUGGGACCGCGGGGCUUGAGGUCAGUGCUACGCUGCGUGGCCACCGAGACGAACGGAUUGAAGUCCUUUGACACCUCUGGCAGCUAUGGUGGAGAGGAGCCUUCCCUGCUUGAGAACGAGGUUUUCAAUAUGGGCGACCUACCUGGUUCCGGCUCGUACAACCUGCAGCUUCACCGGCCGUAUCAUCGGGCGUUGCUCCGGAUGCUCUACCGAGCGGCAGAGCGCUUCCACUUGUCGCCCACAGAGGUGUUUAUUGUCAAUUCGGAGGAACCAUUUCAUCAUGGCACCAAAAAGAAAGACGGCACAUGGGAAGUGCCUAAAGAGGGCGAGGUGUCUUUAUCCUUCAACCUGGAACGCUGCCUGGAUUCCAGCAUGUUCAAGGGCCUGGACCGGGACUUUGAUAGCGUCAUCAAACGCUUCUACAAGGCUACUCGCCAUCAACUCAAUGAGAAGAAGGCGGUGCCGGUCUUUGCACGGUGGCAUGAUUUGGAUGGUCUCCAGGGACAGGGAGUGCUUUUGAAGGCGUUGAGCUCGGACUUUGUGCUGUCUCUGCCUGACCUCCGAGUUUUUGCAGCGACAUCACAAUUAGCAAAACCCAAAUGCUUGGUGAAUCUCCUACCAUCCAUCCUGAGAGAGCCUGGCUGGUAUUACGUGGCGCAGGGCAUGUACAGCACGACCACGGAAUGUGUAAGCUGCCGCACGCAGCUGCAACAGCUCAUUAACUUCCGAACUGGCAAUCCCACGGGGCACUACAAGCUGGAUUUGGAAAAUCGGGCUGAACUUGCAGUAGCUGAGAUGCUGAAGCUUUUGGACAAGUGGGAAGUCUUGAUGGAUAAGAAGCUGGAUCGUCCUGAUAUCUCAGCUGUGGCCAACCGAUCUCAUGCUCGUAAUGUGCACUACCAGGGCAAGCCAGUCCAGAACAAGCUGCUGGCCUUUGCAGACUGGAAGCUGCCAACUCAUGACAAGUUAGAGCUGGACUACUGCAGCUCCUUUGGCCCUCCGAACUUUGCAAAAGCCUUGGCAUGGCCUGCGUUUUAUGAACUCCUAGGGGUGGCUCAUAAUCCUUUGUGUGAUCCUGCUGUGAAAGUUCAAGCCCUCAAGAGGCAGUCAGACAGAUUUUUCCUGACGAGCAGGCAGCUGCGGGAGCUCAUCGGAAUCUUUGAGAGCCCGGUGCAUCGCAUCGAGCUCUGCGUCACCUUCUUCAAUCGCAUCAUGGAUCCCGAGAACUCCAAGCAGUACAGAGGGAGGCUCGAGACCUUCGCAGAUUUGUUGACCUUCUCCAGACGCAUUGGCGUAGCCCGCAGUUUCCCUUACAUUCAGAUGGAAUUCGAGCAAUUCCACUUGAGUUUGAACUUCCACGAUGAGCGGGUCUGUAUGUCCACCUUGUUGGCCAUCUCAACUCGUGAAGAUCCUGGCUACAUCCGAAAUCCCAUGUACAUUCUGCCGGAUGGUACAAUCGAUCCGCUGAAGAUGGGAAUUCCACGAAGCUGGGAGAUGUUGGAUCGUGUGCCUGAAGGUGGGACCUUCAAGUGCACCUAUGUCUGUGCGCCGACCAAACGCAACUUUGAUCAUCGCCGACAGUUAUCUCGAUUAUAUCACUUCUCAGACAUCAAGGUGCCAGAAAAGGAAAUUAUUUGGUGGACCAACAGCACGGAGGUGCCAUCGGAAGUCAUUGAUUUGGUGCUGAUGAUAAAGGACAAGAAGAUGGACCUGAACAAAGUCUUCGAUGUGAUUGACGGCCAUGAUGGCAAUGGUGAGAUUGGUAUGGGCAAGUUGCAACAAGGGCUCGAUGAACUGGGCUGGCGCGCGUUCAAGGGCCCAUGCCAAGAGCAUGAAGUCAAGGAGCAAUAUUUGGCCAUUUUCCGGUGCUUGAAUGCCAGUGGGUAUGGAAGUAUGCUCAAGAGUGACUGGAACUAUUUGCAGGAAGUGCUGAAUGAUGUAGAGCAAUCGAUCAAAGAGUGCUUGCAGUAUCUCUUGCGAAUCAGUGACAACUGUUGGGAAGAGAUGUGGAGCAAGCUGGACUACUUGGAUGAAGGAUCUUUGGACCGAGAGCAAUGGCUAUCGGCUCUGGGUCGUCUUGGCUAUUUUGGUCCUGGAGACAUCGCUUUUCGCUAUGUAACGGUCACAGCACAAGCGACCACAGAACCACCAGUUCUGACAGCAACCUCUUUGCGUAGUCUAGAAAAAGUAAUGAACAAGUUCGCUUGA